AUGCUCUCACUCAGUUACGGGGUUCGUGUACUUGGCACAAAGGCUGCUUUCCGGUUCAUCGGCCCAGCCAGCUCAAUCCCCGCUCUGGCGAUUCGCGGUAAGGAGGCCGUCAUUGUCUGCGUAGUCAACCAUGUACUCGAACGUAGGUCUCACUGCCUCCCGGUGCACCUUCGCUCGGAACGCUGCUACAUAAAUAUCGUUACCGUACGCCGGCAAUCGCCUCGUACUUUCAACGAAGGAACCGACGAAGGCCCCCAGCUUGUCGGCAGACAAGUCAGAGAUUUGCCUGCUGAGGAAGGAGUUCUUGAGCGGGAGGUUGCCCUUGAUGUUGGGGAAGCUCAUCGGUGCCGUACUGGUGUAGAUAGGCCGCCGACAUGUACGGGAAUCGGCGCCGAAGUAGUCGGCAUUUCAGCCGGUGGCGUUGAUCCGUUUUGCCGAGCAGAUAUGUUCCUCCCCAAUCAUGGUGCAUGA